UUCUUGUAUGUAUGAUAAUAUAAAGUUUUUAGCGUAAUACUCUUUUUUUCUAAAAAACUUUAUUGUUGAAUGUACGUGUGAAUUUACAUUUACAAUUAGAUAUACACAAAACGUUGGCCUCUUUCUAGCUACAUACAUACAAAUCUUAUAAGCUGCUAUCUGCAUUGAAAUGAUAUUUGCCAAGAAUAAUUCUGUUAUGAUAAUUAAAACAGCAGGUGCCUUUACAGCUCAAAACAUUAUUACAAGACAUUAUUAGUCAUGGUAGUGAAUAGGUAGUGAAUAGAUACCACAUAAAUCUAAAGUCAAAACAUAUUUUGUGGAAUUAUACAAUUUUUCUGAUAUUUUCAGCACAUGUAUACAAAUGGUGUCAUUUAACAGUAUACAUCUGCAAUUCAUAUUAAUACUAAAUGUACUAUUACAAACAAUAUGUUCUAGUGAAACUUCAGUAAAAGAUGAAGUCAGGUGAGAAGGGAUUUUCAGAAAAAUUACAAAUAAAUGUAAUUGAUAAAGAAAGAUUAUUGUAUAUUCUCAUGUGCAUACUUACAUUUAUUAUAUAGUUCUUACAUUAAAGGAAAUUUGACAUGUCCAUUACCGUUAACAACUUUGGAUUUUCUUUAUAAUUUCUCACAGUCUGAUUUGGAAAUUGUGUGGCCUUGUGAAAUUCGUUUUUACUGGUUAUCAUUACAGCCAUUUGUUAAGUUUGUACGUUUUUUACUUAGCUAUGUAACACUUCUCAUUAUAAUACUUGGUAAGUAAAAACGAAAAAAGAAAUCUCAUAUUUUAUUACAUAAUAAUGUGCUGUUUCAUUUUUGUAGUUUAGAUCUAUUGUACUGUAAUAAAUGAUUAAUUAUUUACAUAGGUGUGUUGUUAAAUACCAUAUCUUUUGUAAUAUUAAGUACACCUGUACUUUGUGAAUCUAAUUUGUCACUUUACUUAAAGGCACUUGCCUUGUCCGAUAAUGGAGCACUAAUAUUUAACUAUGCUGUGGGUAUUGCAAAAUCACAUUUUAUAUUUGUUAAUAAUCUUUUCAUGGUAAGCAAUUAAAUUAAAUUUAGCUUACACAUAAUUAAAAACUCAAGUUUAUCAUUUUCUUAGAAUAACAGAUUUCUAUGCGGUUUGAAUUCCGUUACUAUGGAAUUCUUUCAAUUUACAUCUACCUGGCUAGUAGUAGUUCUCACAUGGACACGACUAUUUGCUAUUAUGUUUCCUUUUGGAUUAUAUGGUCAUUGUAACAAUUGCUCUGGAACAAUAAUCAUUGUCAUUUUGAUAUGUCUUAGUUUUAUAAUAUCAUUAACAAAAUUGUAUUCAGGAGGCUAUGAAACAGACAGUGUUUUUGAAUUUAUACCAUGCCAAAAGAAAAUAAAACCAUGGGGUAAUGCAAUGUAUUUUUAUAUUGCAUUAUCAACUUGGUUGCCUCUACUAUUUAUAUUUAUUGGAAAUAUUUUACUGAUUAUACACAUGAAAAAAACUGAAAAAAUUCGUUGUCAGUUGACUCAAAAUUUCAGACAUAAAACGAACAAAAUACAUCAUACUUCCAGAACAUUGUUUGUAGUAUCAACUGUUUAUUUAGUGCUACUACUACCCCUUGGAAUAGUUGAAACUUUGGGACUAUAUUGGGAUAUCAUUUUGAUUAAAUUUCCCGAUACUGGGACAAAAAGGAAAGCGGAAUAUAUACACUGGUUGAAAGAAAAAAUGUUAUUGAAAUGGUGCCGUGGCUUAUGCUUUCACAUAUAUCAUUGGAAUUUUGCAAUCAAUUUCUUUUUAUACUGUCUCACAGGUGAAAAAUUUAGGAGCGUAGUUAUGCAAACAUUAAAGCGGUAUAAGAUUGUAAUGUUUUCAAUAUUUUCUAAACGCAUUAACAAAUAUACAUUGUGUUCAAAAUAUCCGACACAUUUGAAAUCCAUACAGUCUUCGAAUGUUUUAAUAAAAGCUAUUGCGUUUGAUGAACAUUCCAUUUCUGGAAAUGUUUCUACACAAAAUAAUAAUAUCACUGUUGCACAUUUAACGCAAUAGAAUACAUAAAUAAAAUUUAUAAAAGUUUUUAAUAUUAAACAUAAUAAAAUGAAUUUUUUACGUCAACUUUUUGUUUGACACAUUGUCGUAUAUUUCAUGGCAAAUUUUAUUAUUUAGAUCACUUUUGAUAGGUAUACUCUUCUUUGUUUAUGUCUUUUACUCAUUUUAUUAUACAUUUUAUUAUAAUUUACAAAAAUUGAAAUUUCUAUUACAUAUUUCUAGGAAGUAUAUUACUAGUAUUAUUUAUCACAUUAAAUAAUUAAUUUAAAAAAAGAAAUGACUACUAAUGUAGCCAGAUAUCACAUUGCAUAUGCUGAAAUAAUUUUAAAAACUACAUUUUUCUGCGUUAUAUUCACGAAAGUGAAGAUAUAACAAAUUAUGCUAUAAUUUGCUAUAAUUAUAAUCGUAUUGUAUAAUUAUAAUUAUAA